GGAUAUUGAUUACCGUGUGCGAGAGGCAACACAACAUGCAAUGAAUCAAAUGACAUCAAGAGUUGGCAGGAAUUUUGCACCACAUUUGAAAAGUGUGACGGGUGUAUGGAUGUGUUCACAGUGCGAUGCGUAUCUGCCAGUUGCGACAGCUGCACAGAAAGCAUUCACAGCUGCUUUCUCUGAAAACAAGCAAGCUGAAGUACUGGGCUUUUGUAAGAAGGAAAUUAACGAGGUGCUUAAAAUCAUAUAUAUUUAUGGUAGCAUAAACUUUACAAAAGCUUGUUGACAAAUAGAAAACGUUAGAAGAAGCUUGAUAUAAUAUAUAACUCUACCUCUGCGUUUCAUACAUACAUGAAGAAAUAAAUAAAUAAAAAUAGAUAAAUAGUUAUAUAAUAAUUCUAAUUUAUUGCAUCUAUCUGCUGAUUUUCUGUAGUAUCUAGUAGACAAUCUAAUGAACCAGACGGCAGAAACACUCAGUGAUCCAGAGUAAGUACAACCAGGAUUGGUUUUAUUAACUGUACAAUAAAUUACACCAUGCAAAUACAUCUACGAUAUAUGCAUUACUGAAGGCAUAAUAUAGUACCAGAAUUCUUUUAAAAGAAAUGCCACCGUCACCACCGCAAACAUACUUAACAUUGAUACUGAAGAAAGUGUAUGAUUUCAUCAAACAUUGGGUUAUUCUAGUGUUGUAGAUGACAAAGAUAGGAGUGCAAAAUAUGUUCGAGUGAUUGCCGCAUCGCUACAAGCUCUUGGAAAAUUUCUUAAGAUGGUUGAUGAAGAUAUCAGUAAUGAGAUAGUUCACUAUCACACCAGCCUGAUAGCAGAGAAGAAAUUCUGGAAACUUGGAAGACAUAAAUCCCCUCAGGUUUGAAUCAAGGUUUAUCUGUUUUAUCAUCUUAAGUUUACAAUUUUAGGUUGGUUAUAAUGUCAAUUUAUAGCAUUUAUAAAGCAUUUAUGACAUAUUGUAUUCUAUAGGACUACUAUACUAUACUAUGUAUAUAUAUUAUAUAUAUUAUUAUAUAUAUUAUAUAUAUUAUAUAUAUAUAUAUAUUAUAUAUAUUAUAUAUUAUAUAUAUUAUAUAGGACUACUAUAUAAUGAUGUAUAAACUUUUAAAUAAUAUGGGUCCAAAUUCACUUACUAAUCUGUUUUCGUAUAAAAGUGAAUUAACAAACUAUAACCUCCGGGAUAUUUCAAGUGGCCUUCACUUACCAAAACCACGUACAAAUAAUGUGAAAAAAAGUUUUAUGUACGAUGGUGCAUUCCUUUGGAAUUCAAUUCCAAAAGAAAUUAGGGGAAGUACAUCCCUUAAUUUGUUUAAAAAGAAAAUUGCUACCUGCAUUGACAUUUAAAAAGCGCAAUAAAGUACGUGCAUGUAUAUAGAGGAUUUCCUGUAAAUAGCCUAACUACCUUCUUAAUUUAGCUCAUUGUAAAUAAGUAGAUUGUGUUCUUGUUAAACGUACUUUUAUAUAGUUAUGUAAAGAUAUUUUGCACACUUCCCCCGUGGAAAUCAGCUUAAGUUGACGGGGUCAACGUGUUUAAAUAAAGUUUUUCUAUUCUAUAUUCUAUACACAAUACAAUACAAUACAGUAUUAAAGGGCUUAACAGUUCAGUACAAAACUGUAUAUUACAAUACAGUACAGUGUGAUAGAUUACAGGAAUGUACAGUAUAUUACACUACAGCACACUAUAUUACCAUUACAAAAGAGUUCAAUACAGUACAAUUGUAUUGUACAGUAUUGCAUUAUAUUGCAUUCUAUUGUAGAUUAUACUAUAUUAUAUUAUCACUAUAAAUUUUACUCAUUUGCACUCCAUACUAUUGCAAUGCAUUGAAAGUGACAUAGUAGCUGUUUCCUUCUAGAUCAGGGCAUCUUUCUUUUUCCUCAUAUCUACCUACUGUCAAAGACAGCCAAGUAUUAUUGAAUCAUGUUCAAGCUCUGUAUGUCCCAUUGUACUGGGUUCCUUGGAUGAAGCAGAUGCCAUUGUCUCGGGUCCUUUGUGGGAGGCUGUGUUGCAACUUGUCACUAGGAUGAAGGUAUACAUACUGACCUAUUCAGUGUUGUUUAGUUUAGUUUACGUAAUGUGUUUACCACUUUGAGAUAAAUGAAAAGCCUUUCCAGCUAGGUUACAUUACAUAUCAAUUGAUAAAAGGUAUCUGUGAGUAGUUGUUUUGUCCGACCACUGGCUUACUAAGAGGUGAAAAUAAACGUUUUAAACUUUUUACUCAUUAGGAUUGUUGGAAAUAUGUGAACAUGGAGAAAGCUGUGUUACCCAAGUUUUGGCUGUUCUUAUCUAAUGCUGCUUAUGGCAAUGCUCAUGUAGUUAUGAUCAGCGUAUUGCCAUUUAUCAGUACAUUACCAGAAGAAGUGAGUACUAGAAUAGAAUAAUCUUCUGUGUGGUCCACGACUUUGAUAUAAGAAAGCUUUGGAUUGAUAGGGAUGCAAGGUCCUUCGUCGCAGGUUUGUAGCUUGAAUACAGUAAUGCAAGGAAAGAAACAUCAAUUUUUUAUUCUUAUGCUCGGCAGGUCGUUUUUCCAAGUUCGGGUUUCGCUCAGAAGUUGCUUGAGAAAACUGUUGAUGGUUUAAAGCUUGUCAAAACACAACAAAGUCCUUCAGAGUGUAAAGCAGUGUUGUCAUCUUUCAUGGACUGCGUGAAAUACUUUAUAUCAUUUGGAUCAAGGCACUGGCAGAUUGAAGUAGAUAAGAAUAAUAUGGAACAGCUUAGAACUGAUGUUAUCAAUAUGGUAAGGCAUUUUUUGUGUGUGUUUUGAUGUUAUGUACUCAGGUGAACAUAAUGUUUUUGAUGUUACUCUGAGUGUAUAUCCAGGUAAGCUGAAAAGUUAACCUGACCACGGUGGGAAUCGAACCCGCGACCUUUGGGAUAGUAGUCCAAUGGUCUGCCAACUGAGCUACGUGGUCAAGUCUGUUCGAGUGUGUGGUAUUUCGGAACUACAAUAAGUCUAGUACCUUCGAUACCAAUGUGUUCUAUGAUCAUGAUAUUUUUUGUGUGUGUUUUGAUGUUAUGUACUCAGGUGAAUAUAGUCAGGUUAGGUUUUCAGCCUGCCCGGUGUGGGUAUACACUCAGAGUAACAUGAAAAAGUCAUGGUUUGGCAUUGUUGGUGACAUCAUAUGUCUUUCACAUUUGUGACCAGGGUUCAAUUUGCAUACGUCGCAUAUUGAGAGAGAGUAUGCUGGUUUUCUCUGAGUACUUUGGUUUCCUCCUGUACUAACAUUUUGUCAAUUUAUUUUUUCCAGUUAACCAAUGUGAUUGAAAUGUCACUUGCUGCCAAGCCACAGAUGCGUCUAUCUUCUUCUUUGCUUUACGAACGUCUGGCGGAUUUUUUACGAGAUACAGCUGAGGACGCAGAGAUUCAGGACAAUUUUUGGGAGGUUUUCGAUCAAUUAAUUCAAGAUAAAAUGCUAUGUUCGGAAAAGGUAAUUUUGGAACAUGUGUCAUGCCAUGUUUUAUAUAUACCUUCCCAAUUAACAUAGACUUAUAUUGUACCAUACAUUUCCAAACCAUUCAAAACCAUACCAUACUUGAUACCUUGCUUACCAUGCCAUACCACACCAUACCAUGUCAUACCAUACCUUACCUUACCAUACCAUACCUUACCAUACCAUACCAUACCAUACCAUACCAUACCAUACCAUACCAUACCAUACCAUACCAUACCAUACCAUACAACUGUAGCAUAUGGCGCCAUAUGCCAUACUUCACCACCCAUUAUUUCUAUCUUGUCUAGGAUAUGGCUCCCACAUUCCAAUCAAUUGUUAACCUCCUAUCCUGUCUAAAAUCAAAACAAUCACUACAAGAAUCUGAACCAUCAAAAGUCCGUUUCCAUGAACCAAGUGACAGCGAAGAUCAAUCUACCACCACUAAAAUCAAAACUAAAAGACAUACCAAAGGUUCUGAUGUAGACAUCAACUUACUCUAUGGAGGGAGACUGCUGGCCACUGUGAGCAAAACUGUGUGUUCAUGUCUUGAGAGAGUGUGGUCAGACAACUCUGAAACUGAUCUUGUUCUUGUAACUGAAUUGGUCCACGAUUUUUUCUCCACUUCUCUAUUAAAUGACAUUCUCAUUACCGUGAAGUCACUUUGUGCAAGCGACUUCACAAGUGGCACUUCAAGUGAUGCUCAACAUCCUGCCGUUUGUACACGGUGUAUUGAUGAGUUGGUUUUACAUCUUCUGGACAAAGGUCAACAAAGUGAAAAAUGGUUGUCGUGUACCGUACAGUUGCUGUUCCUGCUUCUUGUUGAAAUUGACGACAGUGAACAGAAAUGUGUUCUUGAACGUGUGUUUCAGGUAAGGAAAAAAAAUGCAUGUCAAAAAUUGUGUGAUGGAGCAUGGUGGUUAGUACUAAUAUGCCUUUCACCGUUGCGACUUGGGUUUCAUUCCUACAAUAUGCAGCUAUGUAAUUUCUCUUCAAUUGCAUAUGAGACUACCAAACUCCGCAGGUUUCUCCGGGUAGACUAAUUUCUUUCCAUAGUAAUACAGAUGGGAUGGCCUUAUUACUAUAGCUAUCCAGUAUAAAUGAAUUGGUUAAUUUGAUGAAUAUUGUGACAUCUUUAGAUCAACUCUUCACCUGAUCUGCUGUAUCUGAUUGUUAACGAGGUAAUGUGACCACAAUUUUCUGUCUGAUUUGACCUUAUGGAAUAACUACCUCAGUUGAUAAUGACUUUAUCCUAUUGUCUUUUAGAACUUUAUCUUAUCCUGUUGUCUUUUAGAUAUUUAAAGCGGAUUAUUAUCUUAAUUGGUCAUACUUGCAUGGAAUUCAGAUUGGGACAAAAUUUGCAGAAGUGCUGAAAAAGUCUUUAUCCAGCUUCGACGAGGAAACAGUAGAUACAAGUAGCGAGAGAUUUUUGUGGAAAACUUUGGAUCUAUGUUUUUUACAUUCACACUUAUUAGAAUUUUUCUUCAACGAGAAUGCGGCAAGUGAAAUAUUCAAAGUUUUCCACCUUGUUCUCUCGCAAGAAAACGUUGCUUCUUCAAAUAUAAUUUCCGUUGUUCAACUCAUUGAGAAAUAUAUUCAGAACAAGGAAGUCACUUCACGUCAGGUGUGUAUGGUAUAAUAUGUCGCUGUUAAGGCUAAAUUCACACUAUCAGUUUCCUUAAACAUUUCUUACAAAUCUUGACUAGUGUAAACCAGCCUUCACGAAGGUAGAAGUCAUUGAUAACAUUUCUCCUUUGCUUUAUAUCAACAGUAUGAAGCAUUGCUGAAUAAUGUGUUCAUGGAUGUUCUUCAGUUGAGACUUCGAGGACAAGAACAAAGUAAGAAUAUCAUAUCAUUAUGCGCUGAUACUUGGCAGUUAUGAUUAGCUUAAGUUUGAUCUUUUCGUUCAUAUCCCCAUACCUUAUUCUUUUAUUUUGAUUUUCUUACAGCUCAUGUUACUCAGUGUUGGAAUUCUUUGAUUGAUACUGCCAUGUCUGACACAUCCUGGACUGACAUGGUUAUAUCACAAACUGGUCAACAAAUCCGAGAUUUUCUGUGCACCGGUGACCCCAUCACCUUCGAAAAGUGAGUUGUGAUACUAAUGUAAUCACUUCGCUAGCACACACCGUUCCAGUUUCAACUGAACUGUCAUUUUGUCAGCGUUUCCACUUUAAGGAAUCGAAAUUUCUCUGAAGAAUAUUACCUUAUAGUUUGGACCUUGCUCAUAAUCUUGUUCUUAUUACUACAGGUUCUCUGUUUUUACGGAUGCUGCUUUAGAAGUAAUCGACUCGGUAUCUAAAAACGAUUACGAGAAUUUUAGAAAAUUUUUAAGGAAAUUAUCACCGUCAGAUUUAGACUGGGGUCACUUAAGAGAUGACACGUUGUCAAAGGUAAAUGUGAUUGUUUCCUGUGGGGUGGCUAGUGCACACUUGUCCUUGACUCUAUGUCUGUUUAUUUUCUAGUCCACAUGGGCAGUCAUUCCAUUCCUAGAUGGCAGUUUAAGUUUCACACAGUUUCCAAACAACACAUGUGUCAACGAUCCAGAACACCUUACAUCACAUCAGAUGUUAUGUUUAUUCCUUUCUCGUGUUUUUAAACAACGAUACUCCACAACAAACUUCCCACAAGAUGACGAUGCUGAUAGAUAUGAGUGGGUGAUGUUUACCGAAUUGUUGUGGCUAAGAGAGGUAAGUAUGUGUGCACUCAGUAAGCAUUGUGGUUGGUCAACUCAGAACUGUUGAAUUAAACUGAAUCUCUAACUGUUAUCUAUUUGGUCAAAAGGGCACGGCUUUCACUGGAUCUCUAGAGAGAACAGUUUGAGCUGAUAUAAAACUUGUAUAGUAAUGGACCAAUUUGGGAUGAUGGCCACCCGAUGGCGCUUCUAAGCUCCGUUAAUUUCAUUUAUUGGUUUACACUCAUCUGUUAUUUUCUUUUUAGUACCUCAAGCAAACAGUCGUCACACGAGGCGGAAGAUUAUCCCGUACCAUUCUUGCUGCAAUGGACACAAACCUUCAACCAUUAUUCAAUGCCUUAACUGAAAUAUCUAGAGCUUCUUUAUCAAGUCGUUUGCUUGCAAUAUCGAAAUCCGAAGGCGGUCUUUGGUCUUUUACUUUGAAAUCUGUGAUGACUGCUAGUAUUAAUGACGAGUCUAUGUCACAUUUUCUAGUCGAUCUUAUGAUGUCUGAGGAAAGGGAUUACAAUGAGCAGAAAUUACAAACUUUGCAAUGUUUAUUGGGCGUGGAGACUUCGAUAUACAACUUGAAAGUUAUUGUGGAAAAUUACUCUAAGAUGUUGGGGGAGAUUGAUGCUAGUAAUGUCACAGGUAAAGGAUCGGUCAUUAUUGAUUCUAGCUCACCAAAUAACUAUCUAACAAGCUAGCCAAGUAACUAGCUACCACGCUACAACUAGCUAAUUAUGUCACUAAUUAUUUAACUACUUAUUUAGAACUAAUUAGUUAACUAAUUAACUAACUAAUUACUAAGAAGUAUGUAGCAGUACGUUGUUCUUAUUCUCCAGGUCAGAUGUUUUGCUAUAGCGUCCUCUCAAGUGCUUUAGAAAGAUGGAUUCAUCUGUCGCAAGAUUCCGAUAUAGCAGCAUUGGAGUGUCGACUCACUUUGCUUGAAGUACUGAAAGAUAUAAAAACUCGUCAAGAGACAAUGACCGACCAACUGCUUUUCAGUUGCUGUCUGGACGAUGUGGAAGUAUCGCUGAUUUCUCUGAAUUUGGCUAUUAUGAGAAUUAUGAAGAUGGCCGUUAUGAAUUUUUCAGAAAGUAUGGAAAGUGAGUUGUGGGAUAUGAUACUGUGUUCCAUGUUGGAUUGGCUACAGGUUUGUAUAUGUAUAUAUUGUUUUACCUUCUGGUCUCAGAUGGAGUUUACCGUAGAGAGGGCAUUGCUUUGGAACGCCGAAAGCUUUUUAAUAUUUUUUUUUCUGGUAGUUCAGACACAAGACAGGUUACACCAAUAAUCUUCUCCAAGUGAGAAACAUCUGAUUGUCAUAAAAUACCUUUGCGCUAUUUCGUAUGUAGAGCUGUCAAGAGAGUGCCAUGGUCAACAACCAUGUCAGUGCCAUGACGAAUCAUGUUUGCCAAAUGAUUGAAGUUGUUGCCAAGAAUCUUUGCAAAACAACUAAUUCAGCGCAAGCAGAAGUCAAUGUGGAUGCUGAUCGAACAGUGUUGAAGAAACUUUCUGAUGAAUGGCGGGAGUUUUUUAGUGUUUCAGCUUCUGGUAAUCUGCUCCGACUGUGGUCAGGAAUUGCAGGUAAGCAGCUGUUCAUACGAGCCGGGCCAGCUCGGGAUGAAUCUUGUCACGUCACGAAAAUUUGUUCUAUUAUAUUAUUACAGAUGCCGAUAAUUCUAGCGGUCACCAACUCUCAGUAUGUCAUCAUCGCCUGAGCGAGACGCUAUCCGCUGCCUGCUGUUACUUAACUACAGACAAUCUUAAAGAGUAUAUAACAUCAAGUACUGGUGAGAAGACCGCUGAAUGUUUGACUUGGGAAGAAGAUUUUGUUCGGAAAUUUUUACCAUAUUUGAAAUCAAAUUACAGUGCUUUCCAGUUAGCUGCCUAUCGACUUCUACUGAGGUACUGCAACUUUCUAUAAACCAUCAACAAUGUUUACCAUUUCUUACCAGAGAUUUUUAAUUCGUCUGGCGCAACAUAUAACAAUAUAGCAUUUUCUGAUUUCAUUCUAUUUGUGUAUAUAGAGUUAUUCCCUCUGUUAAAACUCCCAAGGAAGAAGAAGGCCAGUCAGGUGGAGAAGACGAUCAUGAUGAACCUUGCAAGUGAGUUAAAUAGUUUUGUGUGUGAGUACCAUAACUCCAUCCCCCCCAGUGAAUCCAUCCCUGGUGCAGCAACAACUCUUAUUAAAUAAAGUUAUAUGAUAAAUAUCUGAAAAGGACAAUGCGUCCUUUCUCUUUUCAUACAUAGAUCACCACCGUCUGACCUGAUUGAGUUACUCACAAAAAACCAAACCAAGCUCUCGUUCAUCUUGUCUGAAGCCGAAGUACCUUUCGGAGAAUCCCUGGAUAUGGAAGACGACCACGAAGCUUCACACAUCACUCGUAUCUAUCUUCUGGCUUGGAAACUAUUGCUCGUACAUUUUACCAACUCCAAUGAGGAACUCCGCGCGGGAUAUGCUAAUUAUCUGCGUCGCGAGAAAUACUUGAAUGAACUAUUGGGAAUAGUAUUCAGGAUAUUGCCCAAGAAACCGAGGGAAAAGAGAUGCCUUGUGGAGGAAUCAAGUUUAGAGGAAAAAUAUUUGUUAGCAGAGGAGUUUGUUCAUAAUUUGGCAUUUGAAACUUACUAUGAUCUACUGAGAACUUUGCCUGCGCUUGUGAGACAAUGGUGGAAUAAUUUGGAGAAGAAAUAUGCAAUGGUUGUGGAGAAGUAAGUUGUUCCCACAUCGAUAAUCUGUUUUCUUUGUCUGAUAACGUGUGAAAAGGGAAGAGCAGUAGUUUAGAAUUGGAAAAUGUUGGUAGUUAGUUUACACUAUCAAAGUUUCUGUGAUCACAGUAGGAAUUUUGUAUAGGUAAAUUCUGAAGGACUUGUGAGAAAUAUUUUACGGAACGGACUCUGAAUAUGUGAAAGGAAUGCCAGUUUCCUCCUCGAUGACUUGCUUUAAAGCGUCGGCGGAUUUACUGGGGGUUAGGGGGAUAACCCCCUAGAGUGUCUCUAACCCCUCUUAUAAAGUGUUCAACCCCACCAAAAUUUCGCUUCACUCCUCCUAUUUUGUGUGAAAGUCUUUAACCCAAACGCCUAACCCCUGCCAAAGCUCAGUGGUGCCGCUUGCACCCCAUUAGACAUUUUCCCACCCCACCUUUAAAAAAAUGAAAAUCCGCCCUUGUUUUAAAGAACUGGCAAGUUGCUAACUAAACAUGUUGUACCUCACCAGGUACACGACAUCGUACAUCUCACCACUUCUGUGUGAAAAGGAGAUACAAACCAUUCAAAAAGCGACUGCAACGUACGACAACAUGGAGAUCGUGACUAGAUCCAGUACUCGAGAGGUGAUUGCGUACUAUAAGAUCGAGGAUAUAUCUAUUGAACUCAUUGUAAGCUUAUCAUCCAGUUAUCCGCUGGGGUUGAUUAACGUCACCUGUGGAAAGAGGGUUGGUGUGAAAUUAAACCAAUGGCGGUUGUGGAUGAUGCAGCUUACUACAUUCCUUAUGCAUCAGGUGAGUUAAGUGAUCCUAGUGUUUUGCAAUUCUUCAGCCGUUUUUCACUAGGCGAAUGUAUUCGCGUGAAGCAAUUUUUCCUUUGUCGCCACAUUGAAAUGAAUAUAACUGGAAUGCUACCUCCAACCGGAAAUUUGAAGGCAAACUUUGAAGGCCAGUCUCGCAAGCGAAGAGCGCUCGAUCAGUCAAUCAUGCUAUAAACACGCGUGUCUUGACCUCCAGACACGCGUGUCUGGGGGUAAGAUUUGGCCUCAAGAGAAAGAUAGGCAGUUUAUCUGAAGGUAGCGUUCCAGUUAUAUUCAUUUCAGUGUGUCGGCAUCGCUUAUCACGUCAGCAAGCGCGAUGCCAACAAAGGAAAAAGUCGCGGAGGAGCCAGGUAGUUCCCGCAAUAUCUAUACAAUUCAUUAUUGAAAGCACUUUCCUCGAAUGUGACUGAUUAAAAGCUCAGGGGCCGGUUGUAUAAAACUCCUAAUCACUUUUUUAAUCACUAUUUUGUAGUUAAAUAGUGAUCAACUCUCAAAUACGCGCUUCUUAUUGGAUGACGUUUCCACUUAACCAUAGUUAACUUUAAUCACUUUUUUAUACAACCGGCCCCAGGCAUGAACCUUUGUAUCACCAACGCUCCUGUAAUCUUUAGUAAACUUUAUCAAACUCACCAACUUCACGUACUUUUCAGAAUGGCACAAUACUGGACGGUCUUUUAUUAUGGAAACGUAAUGUGGAUAAGAAAUUUGAGGGCGUAGACGAUUGUAUGAUUUGUUUUUCGGUCAUUCAUGGUUCGAACUAUUCAUUACCUACCCUAUCUUGCAAAACGUGCAAGAAGAAGUUCCACUCUGCUUGUUUAUAUCGUUGGUUUAGUACGAGUAAUAAUUCCACAUGUCCUUUAUGUCGAAACCUCUUCUGAAAUACGGUGGUAAGGAAUAGAGAAGUUAUGGGUAGAUUGCAGCCAGGUAUGAAAUCAUGUCUAAUCAAUUUCUUCUGAACGAUAAAUCAGACACCAUUAAGGCUGAGCCCAUGGUAGCGUUCAUCUGUAAGGAUAUGGUAAAGUUGAGAUGUCAGCGGAUGGAUCUAUGAAGUACUUCAUCUUGUUGGACAACAAUGAACGAUAUAUAAUGUUAGCUCAACUCAAACUGGGCUGGAACUAAACAUUGUAUUAACACAACUAUAUAUUUAUACUGAUUUUAUCUUGAAUUUAGAAUGAUACAAAGUACAAAUUCCUGAUUUUAGGAAUGAUAACAAGGUUAUAUGAUUCACAUAAGAGAAUUGUAGAUGAGCCAAAUUUAUGCAUUUUUUCUCAAUUUUUUUACUUCGAAAGGUACUAUUUCAAACGGUAGAUGUUGAGCGUGGGUUGGCCAUCAAAGGUGGGCGUCUUGAAAUACAAGUCGGUUGUAGUAGAAUUCGCGCUAGCCUAUGCUGUAUGUACAAAAAGCACGGGUGUCUGAUGUGUCCAGAUAUUUCCUAUUUAAAACUCUGAUUGCAAGUACUGUGUUUAAAACUGCUCCGAAACUAUAGAAGUGUCUUUGAUCCAAGUACGUGACAG